UUUCGUUAUUUUCUUAUUUAUUCGUUUUGAAUAAACACCCCAUUUCAAAUCGAAAAUAAGAAUUUCAUCACAAAUAUCCAUAUAUCUUUAUUAUUAGCCACUUGAAUUUAAACCUCAAAUAAUUAAGUAGAUAUGUUGAAUAGAAUUAUCGUUCAUAAAAUUCCGACUCUGGGGUAUCUAUGUUUCAGAAGAGAAGUUUUUUAAAUUUCUCCAAAAAUUUCUUGAAUUCAAUAAUUGAAAUUGAACCUGAAACAUCACCUUCCUGACAAAUUUUUGAAUUCGUGUAUGUUUGUUCUGUUUGUUUAUUUCGUAAAGCUUUAUCCCUAUGUACAUAUUGUCACAUGGGGCCUUCCAAAGAGAUAUUUGGGCCUACUUAGGAUAUUCAAUUUGCCCCUAGAGGAGUUCCCCCACCAAUACCUUACUCAAUACCCUGAAAAAUUCAACAGUUAUGAACAUCAGAUCACAAAAAAAUCCAUAUCACCUCUUCAACCAAACAUUUUAACAGAUGAUUUGGCCAAGCCUAGAAACAAUACAACUGAAGAAAAAUUUGAAGAUGAAGUACAUAUCGAUGAUUUUGCCUUAGUUUCAAAGAAAAGAAGAAGAUCAAGGAAGAAAUCUUUAAUUUCGAUACGAGUAAAAUUGGAUGAUGAAUUGAAGAAUUUAAAGCGCACCAAUGGUAAAAAUUUUGAUAAGAUAUUGUCGAAAUGUAGUAGAAGAUCCUGUUUUCUUGUAUUAGAAAAAUGUGAUUCUUCCAAACGAGACGAAUAUUCUCUGAAUUUUGUCAAUAAUACCGGUUAUAGUAAGUCAUAUAGUAAGUUAUUGCGGAAGAAUCUUAAAAAAACUAAACAUUCGAUUGGAAAUUCUACUAAUGUAAAUUAUGCGAAACCUCAAAAAACCUUAUGUUCCGAGUUUUCUGAGGAAAGUAUCUAUCCAAAACUCAAAAGAAAUGAGAAUUAUUUAUCGGAAACUAAAAUUAAUUCUGGACCUACUUCCAACAAAUUGUCUCAGCCUAACUCGAACGAACCUUACAAUUUUUCAAAAAAAGUGGAGUCAAAAGAAGAAUUGGAUAAUAAUAAUCAGAAGCGAAAUAUGAAGAUGAAUACUGAAGAUAAUCUAACUAAUAAAAAUAGCCAACUUGCCAUACCUAACCAUCUCAUUCCAUAUGAAUCACUUGAAAAACCUUUGAGGAAUUGGCCUGUUAUCACACAAUUAUUCGAUAAAGACCAUAUAAAGACAUAUAAAAACUAUCUUGAAUCAUUGAGCUCAAAAAAAGAGGAAGAAGAUGAAAUUCAAGAAAUUCAAGAAAAAGAUGAAAUUGUAUCGAUUGAUAUAACCGAGGCUAAAAAUUUUCAUGAAUCUCUCAAGUCAUCUAAAUUACUUAAAAACUUUAAUGAAACCGAAUUGUCGAAAAAACAAACAACUGUAGAUAAGAAAAAUACUCCAACAACAAUAUCCAGAAGCUCCGAAUCUUCAGAGCUUCCAGUCAAUAAAGAAACAUUUGCAAUGUUUGAAAAAGAUUCAUCAACAAAAAAUUUCGACAAAUUGAACAGAGAUUUUUCAGAAACACAAUUCUUUAUUGAAAAACCUAUUAUAUCAUCGAAUUAUUUUAUUGGAUCUGAAAAGUCUACUGCUGGAAAUGGUCUUCAGAAAUUAUACACCUCCAGAGCUUAUCUUUUGAUUGGUGAAACGGAUGAAGAAUCAAAGAAUGAAAAUAAAACCAAAAACUUCAGUGAUUCAAAAAAUGUGAUAAAGUCAUCACAAUCCGAUUCAAAGGCAAAUAUACGGCUACUUUCUCGUUCUAUGAAAACGUAUGAGUCAAUAACAAGUAGUGCCGAAGAAAAAACUAUUUAUAAUAUCGAAGAAGGAUAUCAUGAAGAAGAUAUGAGUCAUAAUUCACUUGAAAGGUCAAAAAUUAAAUCGGAAAAAAAAAUUAGGGGAAUGAAAAAAUUAUAUAUUUUUAAUAUUGUUUUAGCACUUUUUGUAACUGUUGUCCUAAUAAUAAUUUUAUUUAUAAGCUUUGCCGAUGCAUCUACAAUAAACAAAGUUGUAGGAAGAUAUAUAAGAGUUUAUUAAACACAUAUUCAAA